AUGGUGACAUGUUCUUACUUCGUGAUGCAGCCUCUCUGCGUGUUUGAAAGACGGCAAGGCGAGGGAGGGAGCACAACGUUGAGGCCUUUAAGAGGCUCCUUCUGGCUACAGCCGUUCAUAUUGAGAGAUGAUUAAAGCGACUUGUUU